UCAACUUACACUUUGGCUUAAUUUACCCCACUCUCCCCUGCAAUGCUAAGUGCCGUAAACUGCCAACCAAAGCUAACUGAAUUUAAAAGUGCACUUAAAACCACCCUGAUAUGACUUAGGGCCUCAGGUGGGCCACCCAGGUCCCCAAAAAUGCCUUAAAAGGCCUCUGCUAACCUCAGGGUUAAGUGGGAUUAAUAAUAAUGAACUGCAGCUUUAUGUUAACGGCACACCUUGUCAAAUAGCCCUUUUAUUUUGAAAGUUUCCACCGGAUGUACCGUGUUGUGUAACUUGAGUUAUUUUGACCAGAGAAAUCAGAUCCUGAAGUUACGUUGUGUGGAUGGAGUAGUGUUGACGGUCGGGUUAAAAUCAAAUAUUCCGACACGAUAGUCUUUAAAACGGGCAACAGCUGGACGGCGUGCCUCUUCACAAGCAACAGAAAGGACGGCGAGUGAAUUCUGCUGCUGACUUCACACUUUUUUGGAGACCUGGAGAAAAAAAAUAGUGAAGCUAACGAUAAGUAGCUACCAUGUCGUGGGAAGAAAUGUCUUGUGUGGCCUCGCCUCUGUGCUCGGUUCUUCGCCGUCUUCCUGCUCUCUGAUCCGGUCUGAACAACCACAGGUGACUUCGCCUGCAGCUGUCAAUGCAGGUAACCGUUAGCCCCAGGAACUAGUCAACGCCAACGGUAUUACUCUUAACGUACUAGCUCGCGAGCCAUGGCGGACAGCUUCGGGGACAAGUCCAGCGGCGGUGCCCUUGGCUUAGGCGUUACCGGACAGGGCGGCGGAGCUCCGCUACUGCCGACUUUGGCCAACUCUCUGCCGGGGGGACACUCAACAGCGAGCGGUGCUCACUCCAACUCCAACCCGGCCUCCCCUCCCCUUGCCGCGGCCGCGCAGAGUGGCCUAACCGCUGUAGUGGCUCCUAUGUCCGCUGUCACCGCCAACCCAGUCGGCUUUGGGAACACUUUCACCCCCGGGUCUUCACCUCCAGUCGUGGCUGUGUCUCCCACCGUACACUCCUCUUCACCCAUACCCGGGGUUGGGCUCGGGGUCGCCGGGGUGGCAGGAGCGGGCCUCCUGUCCCAAAUCCACGCCACCUCCUGGGACCCGACCCUCAGUACGGACUGGGACAACGAGAAGGCUUCACAGCAGUGCAUCCUGAGGAUAAAGAGGUAGAAAACUACAAGAGUCACAUCAUUUUUCUUAACUAUCCGAGUAGUUUUCUCUGUUAUCACUGUGAAAUACUUAAAGGCAAACCAAGGCCCUGAUAAAGCCUUUUCUCUAAGGUGCGUUUAAAUCGAAAGUGAUAGUUUGUUUUUCAAGUUUCCUCUUGACUGGAAAUCACCAGGAACUAAACAACGCAGGAACUUUGUCUGUAACUGAAACUCAUUAUCAACAUGUAAAUUCAACAUGUGGUUCUCCGAAGAAACUCUAUUGUUCGCAGUUUCUCAUGUAUCACACAUCCUGGAAGUGAUGAAAUGUAUUACAUGUUGCACCAAUUUUGAGAGCCCACCCUAACAGUCCUCCAGAAAUGGUAAAAAAAAAAAGAGACAACAUUGAAAUAUGACACUAAAGUGAUAAAAAUGAAUAAUAUGGCAGUCUAACAAACUGUGCUUCCCCAUAAUAAAUGAUUUCUGAAGGGUUUUUGCCUGGCCUGCUCCUCUCUCCAUCUGUACCAUAACUUCCUCCCAACAAAAGUCCCUCUUCUCCUCACUCUCCUCCCUCUGUCUCUGCAGGGACAUCAUGUCCAUCUAUAAGGAACCUCCACCAGGAAUGUUCGUAGUCCCUGAUCCUCAAGAUAUGACCAAGGUAAAAGGCAGACUCUCAUGUGACAGGUCAUUCACACAAUGACCUGAUUUCCACUUAACAUCACAAGAGUCUCUUGUCUGCUCUUUUUGAAUCAUUUUUUUUUUAUUGAGUAAGUUCAUUGGGCAAAGAGUCAAAUACCAUGAAAGUUGUGUACAAAUGAUCUCUUUCAUUUUGGGGUGAAUUAAAACCAGGCAGUUUUAUGAAGGAAUAAUAAGAUUAACCCUGUGUGCGUUGGAAUCAGUCAUAACUCUAAAUUGUGUACACCAGUUUGUCACGACAACAUUUAGAACUGGUGGUCUGUAAAUCUUGUUUUUGCAGCAGCUGAUGCUCCAAUAGAGAGAGAUCAGCUGUUGGCUGGUACACAGCACCCAUAUCGUGUUUUAUCUUUCAUAAACACAACAAUUAAAUGCUCAACCUGAAUGAGGAUUUAUUAGAUAAACGAUGUUGGCUCUCUAAAAUACCCCCCCAAGGGACUUUUGGCUUUUUAUCCAGACAUCUGUGGUUGUUAGAAUAGAGAAAAUACAGGGUUUGUUUUAUUUAAGUUGUCGUCGUAUUGUUUUAAGUGGUUGUAUUUUUUCAGUGUGUUGUUUUUAUGAUCUUUUUACAUCCCCAUUGUACAGUACUUUGGUCAACCCCUGCUGUUGUUUUUAUUAGUUUGUUUUGCAAAUAAAUUUUGAUGGGAUCAGUAAAUAUGUUCAAUAAAAAAGUCAAUACAAUUACCUCAAGUACGGUAAUAUUCUACUUAUUUGGUUUUAUUGAGGCUCAAGAAUUACAAAAAUAUCGGAUAGGAGAUGUCACAUCACAAUCAGUCAGAUGAUGAAAGUGUUUUUCUUUUUAAAGCUCUGCAGAAAUAGUUUGAACCUUUUUUUGGAUUCAGUUCACACAUCAAUAUGCUCAACAAGAAGAGCAAAGCCUUGUUAAAAAUGAAGGUUUUGAAUGUAGUGGUUGUAAUGUCUGCUUUCUUUCCCCUGUGUUUGGCUGCUUUGAGAAAACCUUCCUCUAACUCUGAUAAAAUUCUUAAUUUCAGUCAGUAAAAUCAUCAAAUUUGAAUCUCUCCUCUGUCUUUGAACUUCCUGGUAGCAGGAUCUCACUUGGAUCCUCUUUGUGUGUAUUUCUAAGUUAGAUAACCUUUUUUAUGAUGUUUAUUUGCAGUGUCCCUUUCACCCUAUGUUCCGUCAUCAUCUCUCGAAACAAGGCCCUUAAACCAAAGCUUCUUUUCCUCUUCAGCAUCUUCUUCCUCUUUCUGCAGAUCCACGCCCUGAUCACAGGCCCCUUUGACACACCGUAUGAAGGAGGUUUCUUCCUCUUUCUAUUCCGCUGCCCCCCCGACUAUCCCAUCCACCCGCCUCGUGUGAAGCUUAUCACCACCGGUCACAACACUGUUCGCUUCAACCCCAACUUUUACCGCAACGGCAAAGUCUGCCUCAGCAUCCUGGGGUGAGUCGAGGUUCAGAUUUGUCAUUUCUCUCCACAUGGAACUGCUGACACCUCUUGAGUUUAUUUCAACAAGGAGUUAAAACUUUGUUACACUUCACUUUAACCCGAGUGUAUAUGUCUGUGUAGGACGUGGACAGGUCCAGCAUGGAGUCCAGCACAGAGUAUUUCAUCUGUCCUCAUCUCCAUCCAGUCCCUGAUGACAGAGAACCCAUACCACAAUGAGCCUGGCUUUGAACAGGUACUGUUCUCCGUAGGUGUUUGUGUGAAUGUAUGUGUUUGCACCCACCUGUCACUUAUAACCACAAAUAUCCAUACCUUUAAUGGUUUAAUUUGACUGAAGCUGAAUGAGAACAUGUAUAAGCUUUGACUGCCAGGAGGGAGACACUUCCAGCUGUCCACUUUCAGAAAGCUGCCAUGUUGUCCAUCGUUGUAUCCAGUCUACAGUUACAUCUGUUUCUUUACCUCAGCCAGUGUACUGUGCAGCAGGUCUGUUUGUGAUGCACUCAGAUUCUCCUAUAACUCAGUGGUUUGUGUGUCUGUCAGGAGCGCCACCCAGGCGACAGUAAGAACUACAACGAGUGUAUCCGCCAUGAGACCAUGAGGGUGGCUGUGUGUGACAUGUUGGAGGGUAAAGUUCCCUGUCCGGACGCUCUGUGGUGAGAACAACAGAGAUGUUUAAUUCAGCUUUGCUUCUUAUUUUCUGUCUUUUUUUUUUUUCCUUUUUAAGGUUUCUGUCACUCUGCUGAUUUGUGUUUGUGUUUUCAGGAGUGUGAUGGAAAAGUCCUUCUUGGAAUACUAUGAUUUCUACGAAGGAGUCUGCAAAGAGAGACUUCACCUACAGGGACAGAACAUGCAGGUACGUGACGAAAACUCAUUUCAGUGUGUUUCUCACUUUAUCUCUCAUUUUCCAGUUUUGUAAGUAUGUCUCAGAUUAUGUUUAGUGACCAUUGGAGGAAAUCCUGUGCAAUGAAUAUUCACAAUGCAAAGGUUUACGUUAUUUCCUAUCCCAUUCUAACACUUUUCGGCUAUGUCACUGUUUUCAAUAUCGUUUCCUCCACAUUGAAUCCUCUUUUCUGUAUAUUUCCCCAGGACCCGUUUGGUGAGAAGCGUGGUCGUUUCGACUACCAGGGCCUACUGGCCCGUCUCAGCGCCACCCACAGGCGCAUACGAGAGAAAAGCCUGGCGGAGGACGACCACAAUGAUGACUCAGACUCAGACACCAGCUCCUCAGGGACGGACCCUGACAGCCAGGGCAGCUCUCAGCCCUGACUCCUGCACGGUGCUCCACUCAAAGCCAAGGACCACAAAGACUAAGGCACCUUUUUGUUUGUUUUGUUUACGACGGAGGAACAAAAUCACUGCAGAGAUUAAAACUCCUGCUUUUCAGGCUUUAGUGAGUUCAGGGUGGGGAAUCAGGCUUCUGGUGAAAGAAGAGAAAUAGUUUCUGGACAUUGAAAAAUGAGCACCAUCCUCUCGUCUGUGCUGGUGGAUCUGGCCUGGAGCGGAGUGGCUGUGCUACUUUUGUAGCUUACCAGCUGUCAGUUUGAUUCUGGCCAAACGCUCAGAAGAUUUUGAGACCAACCAACCAUCGUCGCUUGUGGAUACAAAGAGUUAUUUCAUGGCUCAAAUGUUUGAAGACACUGUAGGAGAAGAUUAUAAACACUGCGUAUUCUGAGACUCCUUUUCUGACCCACAAGCUCGAAGAGAAAAAAAUGAAGCUUUGAAGUCCUGACAGAUUUAGGACAACAGAACAAGCCCAAAAUCGAAGCAGGUCAUUGUGAUAGUCCUGAGUCACAAAAUUAAAGCAGACUCUCCUUCAAAGUAGCUCAGUUUUCUUUGAAUUCAAGAGGAGAGGAGGAAAAGAUGGACCUGUCUUUGGAAAGCAGUUUUAGAGGGUGACACUUUGGCUUUUUUUGAGUCCCGUGCCUUGUCUCCUCUGGCUCCAACAGCUCCUUCAACCAGACCUCAACCGCCUCCAACUGGGCCACAUACGACAUCAGCAGCUCGCCAUUCUGAAUACAAUGAUUCCUGUGUGUGAUUCAAAGAGUUCUGCUUAGUUUUUCAGUUUUUCUUGUGCUGUUGAAAUCUGUCUAUCAGAUCAGAAGCCUUUAGAGAUGUCAGUUUCAUUGUCAUCCAUCUUUGUAUCCUUUUGUUUCCGCUGUUUUUCUUAUUGUUGUGCUAAAACUGAUGCUGAUUUGCAGUGUUUAGGGUGCAUUUUUUGUGUAAACCCCGCUGUUCUUUUGGUUAAAGGCACUUGUGAUAAACACGUCAUCAUGCAAAGUGAACCAUCCUUUUAUUUUGGCUGAACUUUCAGAAGGUCUGGGGAACAUAUGGAGGCAGAGAAGUUAACUUUCUUUGUGAUCACACAGCAAGGUACCCUGCUGCUUAGCUCUAUCUAAAUUAGUUAAAAUCAGAUUUUAACUGCUCUAGAUUUGGUUUCUAUGUGGUGUGAUUUAAUACUCCCUACAUCUGGUAAAUGAGUGUUAAAAUAAACGCAUAAUCACAAUAAUGAACAUUUAACAUCAGUUUCAUGUGCAUACUUUACUCAGCUAGAUGUUAGCCUUGACAAAAACUCUGGAUUGAUUCAGGAUCAGGUUGCCAGAAGUUGUUGUGGUGUAAACAGUGAACCUAAAAUUAAUGAGAAACAGCAUCACCCGACUGCAGAGAAACUUUAAAAAGAACAACAGAAAUGAAAUUAAGACAACAGACUAUUAAUAACUAUGCAUAGUGUAUGUAUUUAGUGUAUGAAAGGGCUUGAAGAAAAGUACAAGAUGUUGCUGAAGAUGUGACAAAAUCCUUUUAAUAGUGGAAAUAGUGUAAGAUAUAGAAAAAUAAAUAUAGAUGUGCUAAGACCAGCAGCAGUUACUCAUCUAAAAUUAAAGGUGUUGACAGAAUCACUUGAAGUGUGAACACAGUAACGGGGACAGAAGAAAUCAGAAGACUUUACUCCAACGAGAGGUUUGGAUUUUUCACAUCCACCUUACGGCUCCCAUCUCUUCCACUUAUUUAAACUGUUAUUGAUUAUUUCCUCUCUCUUUUGUUGGCUGUGAAGAAGUUUCACAAUGGGGUUUAUGGGGGUUUUUAGUGCCAGCAGUGCAACCACCAGCAAAGAUUUGAUAAAAAGAAAGCAUUAUAAGCUACCCAAAAGGUUGACUCAGCUCUAAAGAUGCAAAUGAGUCUCACAAACUCAAACAGUUAUUAUGAGAUGUGAGUACUGUGUUAAGGUGGAGUUGAAAAAAUCCUAACCUUUAUGGUUUAAAUUAGUGUUAUACCGUUAUUUACAUUGCAAACCUCCUGGUUUUGCUCAGCGCUGUAAGCAAUGGGAGACAGCCUUUUGAACCAGGCAGGUCAUAAAACGAAGGGGAAAAGUAAAAAUUUGGAAACCAAACUCGAAUUAUUAAAAAAGUUUCUGAUCUGUAUACGAUCCAAAGCUACUUCAGGGGGAUCAUGGGGACAUAAUGACGCUUGAAAAUGAGAGUAACACACUGUUUCUCAGUUAUUCUGUAUCGAUCGGCAUCUUAAGAGAUGCUCUCACCAGCUCUGCUGUCAUUGCCUGGAUUGCAGGACAGGAUGUGGGUCCACUUUUUCCUCAUGGUCCAGGUCUGUUAGCUCUCCUGUUUGUGUCUGCUGUCAUUAUUUCCCCACUCUUAAGACCAGUUAGAGAUGGAAAGUAACAUUUUAACCACAGUGCCAAUGAGCAAAAGUAAAAUAUGUCCAACUCCUCUCUGCAACUGAUUUAAGAUGUUGUAAAUAAUGUUAUUGCAUUUCCUGUUGAGAAUUAAUUAGCCUUGUCAUGAAGGUUGACCAAUCAGAAUAGAGUAUUUUACACAAACAGGUGAUGAUAAGAAAAACAACAACCAGGGCUCUGACAGAGAGUUCACUGCUGUUAAAACUAGCAAAAUGUCAGAAAUCAGUGUUUUUCUGCCAAUAUCUUGACUUUCUAUUUAUCACAUUAGUAUUAAAGGGUUUCUUGGUAUGAAAUCAUGUACAUCAAAUAAUUACAAUACAUUUUAUUGUAAGGCAUUUCUCAUUCAUAGCUCUACAGAAUGAAAACAAAUAUUGAAACAUGGAAGAGUCAGCAAAAUUAUGAUAAAUAAGCAUAAGAAUGAGGAAUGUCGGAGGCAGAUUUAAGAAAACUGUUUACAAGGAUACAAAAAGGUGUCAAAAUGUCUCUCAUCAGACUGGCUGUUUCCCCAUUUCUAAUUUUAGUGCAAAGCUAAGAUCGCUGCCAAUUUUACAUUCGACGGCCCUUAGUCUUUAUGUUUUCUUCACCAGGAAGGGAGUUAUUGUACACUCUAAAAAUUUUGAACUACUCCUUUAAUCCCAUGUCUGUACUUUUUUAAUUUAAACGUCUUUAGGUCUUUUCUGAAGUUUUUCCAUCUAUGUUGAAAAAGGGGUAUAUCUGGCCUCCUUUGUUCUCCAGCAUCUUCAGCUCCUUUCAUCCAUGUCAUUUGCCUCCAGACCCCCCUGGUAUCAUUUAUUUCGGGCAUUCCUCUUUAUGUGUUUUUUUAUUUUUAUUUCAAAGACUGGUUAUAUGAGAAGCAGCUCCUAGUGGAAUUUAUGUGAUUGCCAAAAUGUUGAAUGCAGCUCGUACUGAAGUGGAGGUGAAGAGAUCAUGUUCUUGUUUGGUUGUGUUGUGUUGUGCAGAGUUCUUCUGUAUAGACCCUGGACUUCUGGCUAAAGUGAUGUCCUGGUGUUGAAAAUGUUGCUAUUGUACAGAAGUUCUGGGGAAAAAAUGAAUAAAAUGUUGUCCAGUCUUGA